AUGUGCGCACUUCAGCUCGAAAUGUUCACUUCACUUGGGCCAGAAAUCUUCGGAUUCUUGCACGUUCCUUGUCAGUCUACGGUGUCGCAAGCGUUGAAGCUGCUUCCAAAAGGUUGGUUGGGUGGGACGUGCAAUGACUUCGCGAAGCUUGAAACGGAGUUGGCUGGUGUUAUUCCUAGGAGCAUCGCGGGGUACCCAGACCAGAACAAAACGAAGCUGGCAGCGCAGCUCAGCUCAGCUUCAGCUCAGCAAAAUUUCACAAGCGGCUGUAGACUACGUGGUGCCGUGCCGUGGCGUGUGAGGCUGAUGUUGAUGCGGAUGCGGAUGCGGAUGCUGCCAUGGAUGCCUUUCAGCCUCAAGCGGCGCCAAUGA